CGCCAUCGUCAUCAGCUUAUUCUGUGACGACACGCAGAUUGUUCUGGGUCUCGCGCUGAUAGCCGUUUGAGCGUUUCUCCUCGUAACAACGAUGUGACGCUCGAGUUAAUGUCAAAACCAGCAUAUGGGAGGAGGGCAGCGGCGAUUCACACACUAAAAUACUAGUUACAGAAAUAACACGCUCACGAGCGUUACCGUUGCCGACGAGUUCUACGGAGCAGAACUGACCGACCGACCGACCGACCGACCGACUGACCGACAUCCGUUGCACAACGGUGAUAUCAAAGCAGAGAUGUGUAACAGCGCUCGUGACUCGCUGUGCGUGGGGCAAAUCAAUUCCGCCGAAUUUUUCUCUGGUCGUAAGCUGCGGAAAAAUAUCUUCAUGAUAUGGUGCCUGAUACUACUCACUGUGUACUGCUUGUUUACUGUGCCUCGUGUGUUGACUUCCAAAAGACCCUUGUUGUUUGCCAGUUUGCCCCGGAUACGUUAUCUUCCCGAAGUUCUUAUACACGUGGCCAACCGGUUUGGUCUGAGCAUAUUGCUGGUGUAGUGACCACACAAUGGCGAAGAAUGCUAGGGGCUGAUGCCUGCACAAUUUUUCAAAAAUUUUGUAAUACUCAGCCACAACACCGUUGCCAAUCACAUCAACGCAACAAAUCAUACUUCACACGCAAUAAAUCGACGACCAAUUGUCCUGUUGGACCGAGUUCUGAUUGACUCUUGAAGACAGCUGGCCAGCAGCCGAGGUGAUACAGAAACAACGAGCGCUUCACAUGCUAUGAAAUCCGGUUGGUUUGCGAAAGAAACACGAAUCGGUCCUCAGUUGACGUGUACGAGUUAUUUCUUCGCUCGCUUAUCAGACCUGUAAAAAUCUUCCUAAUAGUUGAAUCCUGCGUGCCUGUCUCACUGCUGUUUACCUUUGGCUUGGCUUCAGGAUUCGGCAGAUCUUCUGGAUGAUCUUUGUCAUCUGCGCGGUGUUAGGUUUUCUGUACCAUGUGAGUUUCCUUUUAGGGAACUAUUUUGACUAUCCUGUUUCGACAUCAACUGAAGAAAUCCACGCAGCCGAAUUGGACUUCCCUGCUAUCACGCUUUGCAACCUAAAUAUUUUAAAGAAGACAAAGUUUGAGGCAUAUCUAAAGGAUACGAUCAAACGUCAAGAAGAGCAGGAAGCGCAGACUUCAGAGAUGCCAGAUUUCCUUGCGACGACGUCAGCGGCCGGACUUAAGGGAAACGACGAACUCGAUUGUUUUAAGACUACUGGCGAGAUUGUAAAUCGAAGUCGAACUAUGGAUCUUAGCGAUAUGUGGAUAAAUUUGGUGACGACCAAAAAGCAGUUAAAGGAUUUUGGCCAUCAAGCGGCUGAUAUGAUUGUUCAAUGCACGUAUUCGUCUAAAGACUGUUUCAACUCCAGUUCAUCGAUUGUACAGAAUACGCCCUACGAGUCGCCCCGCUACGGUCUCUGUCAUAGCCUGACUUUAAAUACGGAAGAACGAAAGACGGUAAAAAGCGGAGCUGGCAUGGGUCUUCUGCUGACAAUCAAUAUCGAGCGGAAUGAAUACCUUGACAUCGUCUCAGGCGAAUAUGGAGCGAGAAUGGUUGUCCACGCGGUGGGAAGUCGGCCUACCUUGGACACCGGCGGUAUGAUCCUGCUCCCCGGUAGCAAAACGUACAUCGCGGUUAAAAUGCGACAAAUCAUCCGUCUCCCUGAUCCAUACCGGGGAUGCACAAUGAAUUUCUCCGACAGCCCUUUGACUAAGCAUCUAAAGCGGUUCAAGCUUGAAAACCUUAUCGGCAAAGACGUUCUCUACACGCUAGACUAUUGUCAAACGGUGUGCGCGGAAUCAUUUCUGUUUCGAGCAUGUCAGUGUCUUGACGAGUUGGCUGCGGAUCGGUUAAAUGACCGGUUUGGUUCAUGCGACCCGUGUAACGCAGAUCAGUCUCGAUGUCGAAGACAAUUUUACCGCGCUUUCACAACGUCCAGCAGCGGAAAGCGUUGCAGAGAAUUGUGUCGACCAGAGUGCAACGAGAUUCGCUACGAUAUUACUACAUCUCAAUCGGAAUGGCCUAAUUUUCGAAACCAGUACGAGGCCAUAACGCGAUUCCCGAUAGUCAACAGACGACUGGAACAGAGUGGCGUCAACUGGAGUCUUGUCGCAGAUUCCGACAAUGACUUAAACUUCAUCGCUGGAGCUGACGAAUUUCGAAAGAACUUCCUUCGUGUUCACGUCUAUAUUCAGGAAAUGAACUAUCUUAGUGUUAAGGAUGAGAGUUCGUACUUGAUGAGUCAGCUUAUUGCAGACUUAGGUGGCUGCCUCGGAUUGUACAUUGGCGUUUCGGUGAUUUCAUUAAUGGAGUUCUCCGAGCACUUCAUGCGAUGCUUUAGCUUCGGCUGCGAUCGGGUCGUCAGGCCCCUGGCGAAAAAGCAUCGGAGGGCUUUGGUAGCAAGAUUUCUGCGUCGCCGAACAGCCCGACGUAUUCUGACGCCCACAUUGGUGCCGCCCAAUCGAUUGGAGCUGGCCUUAACGCCUUCACAGCCUGGAGAUGGAGAAAAUUACACGAUGUUGUCUCGCAUUAGUCGGCGACAUCCGAGAUUCUUCCGGCAGGAAAGCAAUGCGGGAGAUCCGAUUCCGCAUGGUAUAGCGGCUGACGAUACUGCUUCCAGCGAUCGAAAACGGUUCAGAGUUGGUCCACCAGCUUAUCCAGGAUUUCCGUCCGCAUCACAUAAUAUGGAAGGGACCAGCAAAUACAGCAGGCUCAAGCGAGGCACGCGUGAAGGUAGCAGGGAACCGAGUAGAGAACGAUCAGAGCCGAUCAAUCCUCGUGAAUGGAUAAGUCGAAGAAACGACGGCUUCCAGGAAAUCGUGCAGGCUCGGCAAAGGCUGCAGAAGCUGGCGAGACCCAUUGCUGCUAACGAAUCUUUGACGCAUACUGUAGUCAAUCGUACGUAAGUAGCAACAAUAGUAAACGCAGUAACGAGACAACGCUUGACGACAGAACAAUAUUCCGUGAGAACAGUACAAUAAUUUCAGUAUUCCACGUCAGGUGGCAGAAAAAUGAUAAAAUUCAUGAAUAUAUUGAAUCGAUAAAUUUUUGUUAAUAUUAAGACAAAUGAGCAAUGACCUAUUUGCGGUUUUCGAGAUGUUCGAUACUUUUUCAGCUAAUCUACUUAAUAUUAAUAACGAACGUCCGCCUAGAAGAACGCCGGGCCGUAGGAUAUGCCUGUGCCACGACUAAUAUUUUUGCUAUGAUAAAUUAGCGUCCUGAAAUCUACUUCAUCGAUAUUACAGCGGGCGAAGUCAACGAAAGAUUUUGUUGCGUUUUUCGAUAGUUAUUUACAACGUACUUUACGCUUAACAAUGGCCGUUUGACUAAUGAAUGUGUAGUGUAUAAUGAUUCAUCAAAAGCCUAACGUUUAGUUGCUGGAUUUUGCGUGUGAUACAAAGCUAUGCCGUUCGUUAAGGAAUGAGUUAUGGCGAGCUGAAAAAGCCUACCCACUAAUGAUUUGAACACAUUCAUAAUAAACAAUUAUUAUGAAUUGAAGAACUAUUUUGAGGCCGCCGAAUCAGCAUAAACCAGGAAAGCUCAUGCAAAACUCGAUUAGAAAAUGUCUGAAGUGGAACUAAUACACGGAAAGUGGUUUAAAUGCAGAGGUCGAUUUGGUAAUGAUAAAAGACUAGAUGUUGUUAGUCACUACUACUAUAAAAUGUACUCACAAGUUAUUGUUGCUAUUGUUAUUAUUAUUACUAUUAUGUAAAUGCGGGGUACGAUUAUCGAUGUAAACUUUACAAUGUGGAAUUAAUUUUUCAAUAUACGUUUCAUGAAUGAUGCCUAAAAUACUCUCAUUGAUAACGGAGAGCAACACAGCCAUGAAAAGAAAAAUUGGUUCUUUAGAAAUGAAGUCACUUUCUUGUAUAGCAGGUACCUAUACAUUUAGUUAAAGUGUGCACGUACAUGUGCGCGAAAAGGUGUGUGGAUAAUUUAUUACUAAUAAAAACUGUGCACUUGGAACCUAUAUGAUU